AUAUUGAGAGUUUGGUGGGAGAGGAGAAGAAAAAAAAAAACCAAGAGAGGGUAGGAAUUAUCGGAAGUUUGACUUUAUGGGCUUGCGUUGGGUUUGGUGACAGAGAGAGAGAGAGAGAGGGAAACUCUGGAUUCUACCUCCUACCGUCCUUCGUGACGGUCCUCUUCCUUCGACCUCUUCAGGUAAAUUGACACGUGAUGAUGCCUGGAGGGUAGCUGUUUGGCUAGUACGGAUGUUUGGAAAUGGUUUUUGAAGGUGAUCUUGAUUUGAAUCUUGAGGUUCCUGGUACAUUUUUUGAGACAUGGAAAGGAUUUGUAUCUUGCCAAGUUGCUUCCAGUAUUGGUUGCUUUUAUCCCAACAAGUGCUUGACCGCCAAUUCUUCAUCCAUAGAGACUUUAUUCCUUUUUCUUUUGUCAAUUGCACCUAGUCUUUUGUGUUGCGUUAAUGAUCGGCACAGUGUACUCAAUGCUUGUUUCUUCUGAGACCAGUGCAGCAUCUUUGGGGAACACGUAUGAGGCUGAAGUAUAUGGAUUAAUGUGUGAAUUUUGGAUGCCUGCUUCUCAAGUAUUAAAUAAGCAAUUGCUUUGAAGAACUGUAGACAACACUUAUUUACAAUUGAUGUGUUGUUGUUUCUAAAGGAUAUUGGUGGCCACAAAAUAUUUUUUACCUGACAAUUCUGAAACUAUGUAGAUUAGAUGAAGUGGCUAUUAUUGAACUCCUCAAGUCUUGGGUCGUGAUGAGUUUAGCAGAAGAUGAAUGUUGCUUUGAUCAAUCAUUCUGAAACUAUGUAAAUAAGUUCUCCAGGACUUGCUUGGUUCCACCACAUGCAUCUUGCUACCACUACAAAGCUGUGGGUCUAUUAAUCAAUAAGGCUAUGCUGUCUUUGCAUGAACAAUUUAUGUUUUUUAUAUCAUUGCCGUGACAGUGAAUUGACAGUGAACUUUCCGGACCAUCUAAUAUCCGUCAACAUUUUGUACGUUUUUAUUGGCAUUGUUUGCUAGGGAUAAAUGUCAUCUAUCUUUAUCUUGUUUGCCAUUUCUUUUUGAAUAAGAGCUGCUUUGGGUUCUUUGGGAAAAUGGAGAGGUACAAGUUAAUUAAAGAAGUUGGUGAUGGAACAUUUGGGAGUGUUUGGAGAGCCAUUAAUAAGCAAAGUGGUGAAGUUGUUGCAAUAAAGAAAAUGAAGAAGAAAUAUUACUCUUGGGAGGAGUGUGUAAACUUGAGAGAAGUCAAGGUAUCACAUUUUGAAUCUUUCCUUAGUGUUAUUAUCCAUAUAUUUAUUCUCUUAUUUCUCCUAUGGCAGUCAUUGCGAAAAAUGAACCAUCCAAAUAUUGUGAAGGUGAAGGAAGUUAUUCGAGAAUGUGACACUCUGUGCCUUGUUUUUGAGUAUAUGGAAUACAACCUGUACCAACAAAUGAAAAACAGGGAAAAACUGUUUUCUGAAAAUGAUGUCAGAAAUUGGUGUUUUCAAGUUUUCCAAGGUUUAGCUUACAUGCACCAGCGUGGAUACUUUCACCGUGAUCUGAAGCCAGAGAACUUGCUGGUCACUAAGGAUAUCAUUAAGAUUGCUGAUUUUGGCCUAGCCCGAGAGAUCAGUUCACAACCACCCUAUACUGAGUAUGUCUCCACACGGUGGUAUCGUGCUCCUGAAGUCCUACUUCAGUCCCAUUUAUAUGGAUCUAAAGUCGAUAUGUGGGCAAUGGGUGCUAUUAUGGCUGAGUUGUUCACUCUACGUCCUCUAUUCCCCGGUACCAGUGAAGCAGAUGAAAUCUACAAAAUAUGCAGUGUAAUAGGUAGUCCCACAACUGAAUCUUGGGCAGAUGGACUCAAGCUUGCCAGGGAUAUCAACUAUCAGUUUCCGCAGCUUGUCAGUGUACAUCUCUCUGCUCUGAUCCCAUCCAGAAGUGAUGACGCAAUUAACCUUAUUAGCUCACUUUGUUCAUGGGAUCCCUGCAAGAGACCAACAGCAUCAGAGGCUCUUCAACAUCCUUUCUUUCAGAGUUGCUUUUACAUUCCUCCAUCCCUUCGCACAAGAGCUGUGGCCAGAACUCCUCCAUCUGCUGGGACCAGGGGUUCACUGGACCGGCAGGGACUCAAGAGAUAUUCUAGUGCUUUGCCUAAUACAAACUUCACAAACAAUUUUUCUUCCCCAAAAUUACAUGCUUCUAUAGCUUCAGGUGUGCAACGGAAGCUGGAUUUGGCAACCGAGGAUGGCAUUAAGAACAAGAAGUCAUUGAAGACUACUCAACAAUCAAAAUAUCGAUUUCCAGGAAAAGACAGCCCGACUUCUAUGAACAAGGGAAGGACUGCACGCGGGGUUUCAGAAAGCGCUGAAAAGUUGGCCAAUAUGUCCAUCGGUACGCGAAGACAGUCCAUGGGACAAAGCCGUCCAUCGCCUGCAAUGAAGGCGGGAGUCAAUUGUAUAUCUGAAUCUGGAAACUUCGUACUCAGAUCCGGCCAACAAAAUCCAACAACUGGGAGAAAUUUGACUAGAAAAGUUGUUGGCUGAGAUGACUUUGGAGAAUUGUGCCAAUAGACAUCGAUAGAUCCAUAUAUUAUGGAUUUGUACCUGCCCUGCUUAGUUGGUGAUGGUUUUCGUUACUAUUACGGGUUUUUUUCAUAUCAGUUGUGCCGAAGUGUUUAUAUAAAAGCUUCUUCAUUAAUGGUGCUCAACAAGUACCAGUGUCACUGAACAUACCGACAUCAUUUUUUAUAUAUUUUAAGAAUCAGGUUUUCCAAAAGUAUAAA